CUGAUAGGAUUCUAAAAAUUAGCUAUGUCAAUUUUUUGUUCAGGAAAAAAGAAUGGAUAGGUUAUUACGUCAGCUAGAAUGAAAAUUCAAAGGUGCUUUGGGAAAUGUUAAUGGUAACAUGAAGUAUUCACGUCAAGCUUUCGAUAAAGCACAAGUAGCCCAGUCUCACGUGAUUAAUGAAAACAACGACAGAACACAGGCAAAACUGCCAAAAACUCUCAUACAUGUGGAGGAACGGAUUCUCGCACUUAAGCUUGGGUAGCCUGUGGUGGUGAGAUUAGCUGGCAACGACAGGCGCGUUCCGACCAAUGUGCAAGGACUUCGCGUGCGUGUCAUCUCUGUUCCUGUCAGAUUUUGGCUUAGAACUCCACGGCUCAAAUUGCAUCCAGUCGUAGAUGUGCAAGAUAUCUCCUGCAGGAAUGCUACUUAAACGACACUCUGCAUCGACUGAAAUCGAUAUUGAGUCGGUUAAUCGCGUCUCAAAUGACAUUUCUGAACAAUAUGACUUCCUCCUCGAUCCUCCGGUUGUGAUAAACAAAACCUGUUUAUGAGGCUCGUAAAAGCACAAUGCACGGUGCCUACCAAAGAACGUGGAGUAGUGAUACCCAAAAUGUAAUUUCAGGAAUGGCAAGCGGGUUGAAUUUGGAUAAGAUUGCAUUUAAUUUGCGCUACUCAAGCGACAGGGUUUCACGCUCUAACCCUUGGCCAAGAUCACUUCUGAACGGAGAUUUCAUUUUGAUUGCUGAGUUCGCCGAGAAUGAAGGACCUAAGCCAGUAAUGACAAUUCCUCAAAAUGCUGGAGAAAAUUUUGAUGUGAAUGCCUUUGCUCUUCAUGUAAUGUCUGUGGACUAUACGCAAUCCAGGGGUAGCAACUUUUCCAUUGUUGAAGAUACUCAGCUAUUUUUAACGGAGAGAAAAGAUGGAAUCUAUGCCUAUGUUCACCAUUUUACUCUUUAUGAUAUUCAUGCUCGUGGCUUUGUGAGACCUUACUGCAUGUGCUACAUUUCACACUGCAAAAGAAAAAUGUUUUCUUUUCUUGACAGUUUUAUGGAUGAAUUUACCAAGGUGUCCCAGUUAUUUAGGCAUGGAAACAGAAUAACAUUCCUAAGAGACCUAGAGGAACGUUUAUGUGAUGUUUUACUGUUAAAGGAGAAAAGUAUCUUGGAAAAUUCCUUUUCCAACAGUCUUGUUGGUCAGAGAUGGAAGGUUUCCCAAGUUGCUGGAAAAUCAAAGAAGAACAUGAAUGUGGAAUAUGAGUUAAUAGUGACUGAAACAAAAAAGUUGAUAGAAGUUCUUAGACCACACAUAGGGAAUGACCCCAGGGUUGAACACCAAUUAAAAAGGCUUGAAGACUUGGUAGAUGGACGGACUCGAAGUUUCACUGAUGCUGAGGGUUUUCGUAUGGUAAAACAUGAAUUAAGUGAUCACAAGUUGCCAACCCAAAAGCCAACAUUACGAAAAGCUAUUUCACUCCCAGACAUCAAAGAUCUGCUGAAAGGAUACAAAGAACUGAAUCUGAAGCUAAGAUCCUGUUUGCCCUCUUAUCUUAACAGCAUGAAACAGUUACGACAUUUACAUGACCUGUGUGAGUGGGGAGCAAAAGAAGGACUUAACAGGCUACGUUGUGUUUUUAAGCAUUACAGCAGAGAAACUGCUGCACUGUUAAUUGAAAAGACGGAAACGAGCCAUCUUGAUCGCUUUCCCUCUCUUCUGACAAUUGGUCGCAGUGUAGUAUGCAACGUUCUCCGCAAUAUUGACGUAAAAUGUGUGAGCAGCCGUAGGACUAGCCGCUCCUUCAUAGAUCCUCCAAGUCAAGAGUGUCUUACAAGAAAGUCGUCUUGUGGUAGCUUGGAGAGUAUGCACAGCCUGGACUCUUUUCAGUCCUGUGUCGAGGAAGAGUUCUUAGGAUCCUCAAAGUCAAGUGAUGGACCCCUUUCACCAUUUUCACCAUCAUGUUCAUUUCAUGCUGAUUUGCAAGGAGGAGAAAAAAAUGAGUUUAACAGUUACAGCACCUCUGAAUCUCUUCGUUCGGAUGGCAGUGACGCGAUGUCCACUCAUUCGGAUACAACUCUCAGGAGAGUGACCGCUGAGACUGUAUCUCUUUCGGAUUAUGCCUUAAUGGGCGACGAGUCCUCUUCGAAUCUGAGCGGGUCUCCUCUGAGUAGAACAACAAGUGUUACCCCUGAAACAAACGUUGGGAUGCAUUUUAGUCAAUUCAGAGGAAAGAGUGUAAGUUUAGAGAGUUUGUCAACGUCGUCGGAUUCAAAGGGUCACCUCAAAAGACCUAGGAAAAACCUGGAUGUACCGGUUUUGCAGGGUCAAAAUUUAUCUCCGCUGAAAACUGAGAAAGUUCCAAUUGUCAGUAUCCCGGAUGUUUCCUCCAGAAAUGCAAGCACGAAGAGUAACUUGUUUGGAAAAAAUGCGAUCAGAAGAGUUAAAAGCUUGGAUACCUCACAAACUUCCUCGUGCAGUGGAGAAGAAAAAUUGCUUCAAAGAAGAUCGCGUUAUAACGCAAGACCCGAAAUGGUUCGACUCAGGUGUUUUGCAGAAGAAGUUUCCCAGCCAUUGGCAUCAUACACAGGUUCUAAUUUAAUACUCCUGCGAAACCACUUAAGUUUUGGUAUUCACUUGCUGUACGCUCUUCUUUGUGGGCGACCAGUGGUGGUCUUUGCCGAACCUAGAAAUGAAAGGGACGCGCGAAUUGUUAUCUCUGCUUUGUGGAUGUUUGUACCUGAAAAUAUGAGUCAUGGAAAGGUCGUGGAUCCUUGGCGAACCAAACCUCUACAGAUUGCUGACCUCGCAUGGUUGAAACUAGUUGGCCUUGCAAAGAGUAAACAUUUCAACAUGAUUCCCAAAUCUGUGAAGAGGUUUGUUUCUAUUCUCGACCUUGAAACAGACCGUAUUGUGACGCCGCAGUAGAAGGGAUGUUAUAUUCGUCCAAUGUGCAAUAUUAACAACACGUGGCCAUCAAAUGCAGCGUUAGUGGCAUUUGUUCAUAGCGUCUUCUUGGAG